CUUUUGUCUGAAAUAAUUAUCUUCGGAAAAUACUGCCAGAAAGACUAUAUAUCUAACACUCUUAAGGAUAUUAAAACAAAUACAACCCAGUGGGUAUGAAAGGUCGAUUUUGGAUAUAGUCAAAACAUUGUAUUCGAUGUUGUGUUUACAUGCAUUUCAGUGUAUGUUUGGUUACGUCUGCAUUUCGUGCUUAUUUUCUGCAGAUGGGUGAGCAACGAGUCAGAUGAGAUGUCUGUGACCUUUCUGCGCUAUGUGACUAGGGUUCGACUGGAAAAUCAUUUUGCCCCACACAUCUGCCAGACGAGACUGCUGUCUGGGGCAGAUGCAGUCAGUGCACUCAGGCCCUUUUACUUUGCGGUACACCCAGACUUCUUUGGCCAGUUUCCCAGAGAAAGGGCAGUGAAUGAAAACUCCCUCAAGAGGUUAAACGGUUAUUUAGAAAGCCUCCAGAAACCAGGCUUCAGAUCACUGCAGCCAACACAACUCACGUUUUAUGUCAGAGAUACCGAGCCUGACAAAAGUCCCUCUUCACUUCUAAUCCCUUCUGCAGGGUUUAGAGCUGUCACUUUCACCUUACAGACCAGAGAUGUUCUCAGUACAGUGUUGGGUGUUCUGAAAUCCUGCAGUCUGUGUACAGAACAUGUACAGAAUUUGAAAAUCAGCGUUGGUCCACCACAGCAGAUACAUGGAGCAGGAGUACCCUUUUAUAGACCAAUCAAAUGGGACAAGACAUACUACUCCUUCACAGGAUUUAAGGACCCGGACGAGGAAUUGGAAAAAGCUGAAAGAAUGAAACCAACAUUUAGCUCUUGGUUGAGUAACAAUGAAGCGAGUGCUGCAAAGAAGCAGAAGAAAAGCCUGCCACAGCGAGCAGAGCUGAAGAGACUGAGCAAGGAACUCUGUCACAAACUGGGACUUGCAGAUAUAAGGUGGCAGCGAAGUUGGGGAGUUGCUCACAGGUGCAGCCUGUUGCACAGUCUGAAUCGUUUAUCACAGCAGAACCCUGAUUCACUUCGGAAUAUCAAAGGGCACACCAUAAUAUUUACCGACCAAUCAGGGGUGAAUGCUGCCGGACAUGUAAUGUUGGGAACAAUGGAUGUUCACCACCAGUGGGCCAAACUGUUUGAGAAACUUCCAAGUUAUGGUGACCUCAUCAUUCAAACGUCAAUGUUGGAGGAACGCAUUAGCCACCUUCUGGGAGGGAUCCGGAUCAUCCAUGUUGACAAGCUGCAACCAGUGCUGCUGCUGGAGGAGUAUUACAGCACUCUAAAUGCUUUCUACAAGAGACUUUUCUCAAUGAGGGUUCCCUUUCACCCGCGAAGCUUGCAAGGGCUGCAGAUGACUUUGGAGAAUGACCGUUCCAGUCCAAGUCUGCAUGAGUGUGGUCAUUUCAACAUCCCCACCAUCUGUGAACCUUCAGCACUGCAGUGGUUUAUUCAAACCAAGGCACAAGAGGCCAGGAGGAGAAUGAAGAGGAGGGAAGAGUUGAAAGCUGAAGAAAAAGCUCUUAUUCUUGUUUGCACUGAGAGGCUGUCUUUGAAGAGGCUGUACAAGGAACCCAGCAUCACCAGCACCCAGAUGAUACCUUGCUGCAAGCGUCUGGUAGAGGAGCGCCUCCCAUACAUGCAAGGCAUGCAUCUGUGUGUGUCACACUUCUACUCAGUCUUGCAGGAUGGGGACUUGUGCAUACCCUGGGACUGGAAGAGCUGAAGUAGUGUGACUGAAAGCACAGGGAGACUGUGUGGAAUAUGGACGAUGUGUUACUAAAGGGAAUACCACACAGUCCUAACAAAUGGUCUACUGGCACUUUAUAUGCAAAUAAAAAUCACCAAUGCAGCACUUUAGAGGAACAAAAUGCUGGAAAAUAUAAUUUUCUGGAUCCUUUUGUUUGGAUCAGUGUUGCUAUAACUCAUUUUUAACUACUGGUACUUGAUAAGUCCAGUAUUUUGGAAAAUAUAGAAAAGACGUGUUUGCUGUUUCUGACACAUUGUUACUGUAGUUGAUGUCACAGGUUAUUUCUCUGAAGGGUUUGAUGCCAUUUCUACAGUGACUCACCAGUUGAGGUGUGCAGGCAGAGUCAUGCAGCCAUGGGAGCACGGUUCGCAUCCUGGCUGUGCCAAGUAGCCGAUCUUCCCAUGUCAUGCCAUGCGUCACAGUGGUUUUCGCAAGGCAAAAUCCAAAGUAAGCUAUGUAGGUAAUCAAAAAUGUCACAGGUCUGUUGAAAUGAUCUAAAUGCUGAUGCAUCAGAGUACCACCAUAGAUUAAAAGAUUGCUUAUAAGAGGAACAAUGAACAUUGAAGAAACCAACCUGCAGCAGCAUGUAUGAGUCUCUUAAGUGUGUUUUUGUCUUAAAACUACUGGUUUGGCCCCAAUUUAAUAUUUAAAUGGUAUUUAGUAUUUCAGAAUAGGUACACUUCCAGAUCAGUACAUAUUUAGUAUUCCUAUCCAAAGGGAUCAGUAACUAAUCUGUACCCUAGUGGAGAAGUUCUUGGUUUCACACAUGUAUUUAUCACCAGUGUGCAAAAUGCAUGCUGUAUCUACCCAGACAUUGUUUUGAGCAAUGGGUCUGAUUCUACUGUGUUAUGGAGCUGUUGCAUGCAAAAAUUAUAUUAGCAGUUGUAUUGUUUAUAGUUAGAGGUGGGCAGCGAUAUGAAAAUUGUACAUUGAUAUUAAUGUUGAAGGAUUCCAAAACACAGAAAUAUAAUAACACAAUUGCAAUAUAAAACAUAUAUAGACGUUAACGUAGAUUUACAUA